GAGGGGGUUUUGUGCGACGGUGCUGCCCGUCGCAUGGUCCCGGUUCAGUUCUAGGGGCCCGGCUAGGGUGCUGCGAGGGCCCGGGGAGGUACAAAGCUGGGAGGCUGGGCUCUUUCAGCGACGGGAAUCGGUCACCGCCUCCGGGCCGCUUUAGGUGGCAGGUUUGUGGUUAAAAGGAGAAAACUGGGCCAAGGAAGGGGGCCUUCAUUAACAAGUCUUGUCAACAUCCUGUGCACAGAAAGGUCAAAGGCUAACUAUGGGGAAGAGCUGCAAAGUGGUUGUCUGUGGCCAGGCAUCUGUGGGCAAAACUUCAAUCCUGGAGCAGCUUCUAUACGGGAACCAUGUAGUUGGUGAGUGUUGGUGGAGGUGGAAGAAGUUGAAGAGUAAGGAGCAGGAUUUGACCCCAACAUGCAGAGGCUGAAAACUGCUCCUGGUGGGUUUUUGCAACCUGAAGAGUAAAACCUACAUUGCAACCCCCAACCCUACCACAGUGAAGGUUCUGAGAUGAUUGAGACACAAGAGGACAUCUAUGUGGGCUCCAUUGAGACAGACCGGGGUGUGCGGGAGCAAGUGCGUUUCUAUGACACCAGGGGGCUCCGAGAUGGGGCCGAGCUGCCCCGGCACUGCUUCUCCUGUACUGAUGGCUACGUCCUGGUCUACAGCACAGAUAGCCGAGAGUCCUUUCAGCGUGUAGAGCUGCUCAAAAAGGAGAUUGACAAAUCCAAGGACAAGAAGGAGGUCACCAUCGUGGUCCUCGGCAACAAGUGUGACCUGCAGGAGCAGCGCCGUGUGGACCCAGACGUGGCUCAGCAUUGGGCCAAGUCAGAGAAGGUGAAGCUGUGGGAGGUAUCAGUGGCCGACCGUCGCUCCCUCCUGGAGCCUUUCAUCUACCUGGCCAGCAAGAUGACCCAGCCCCAGAGCAAGUCUGCCUUCCCCCUCAGCCGCAAGAACAAGGGCAGUGGCUCCUUGGAUGGCUGAAGAGCUGCUGUCACUUCAUCACCCGUCCAGCCCCAUCCCAGUUUCUAGGGCUCUGGAAGAUGGAUUGAGGGGGAAAGCGGGGUAGGCAAGGUAUCUUCCCCGAGGUCAGCAGAGCAGCUCCCCACUAGGCCAGGUGGCUAGACUGUCAGGGGGCUCAGGCCACCUUUGCUUUCUUCCAACUCUGGGAAGUGCGAAUAAUCUAGAUUAAUCCUCCCCCCACCCCACUUUCCAUCCAGUGUUCAUCAUACCUGCUCCACUGUGACCUGGGGCAGCCAUGGGUCAGUGUCCCUCUCACCUCCCUCAGACAGAAGCAGAACAAUCAUUCGGAAGUGCCCAGUCUAGGGUUUGGUACCUAUUACAGGGACCUCAAACCCUGGACUUCCUGCCAACAACACACACACAGUUACAGCACCAGCCUGGACUCUAGAGAAAGGUCCAGGUAUUGUAGAUGUGCAUGCGUGUGUGUGUAUGCUGGCGUUAGGGAGUGUCUUCAUCAGACACCCUGACCUUUCUCCUGUGUUUUCCUUAGCUGGAAGAAGCUGGCCUCUUGGGAAGUGUUUUAACUCUCUCCCAAUUGUUUCUCUUCCUCUUCCUGCUCAGGAAGCAGAUGGGCCUCAUUGGUUGAGGUAGAAUGGAAUGAUGACUGGGCUGGGAGUCACCACCUGGCUUGGUGAACUAGUAAGGCCUUUCCCCUUUCUGGGUUUCAUUUUCUCAUCUGUAAGGUGAUGAGAGUUGACUAGAUGAUCUUUUAGAUUUUUCCUAGCUUUAUGAUUUUAUAAUGCCCUUGGCUUUGAGCCAUCUGUGACUGUACCCCUUGCUUCUCCCUUUUCAAGGUGCUAUACCUACCAGCCAGGGAGGCUGGGACACUACUCUCCUUCCAGCCACCAGGGGGCAGGAGUGCACUAUCCAGUCUUAGUUGCCACUGUGUCUACUCAGUGCCCAAUCAGCCAGUCUUCACAACUACCCCACUGCCCCGUGGCGGCUGGUCUUUACCCCUUCUCCUGGUUGUCUUAAGCUAAUGGCUGGACCUCUAUUUAUAAAUUACUUGUAUUUAUAUGCCUGCUGCCAUGGUGAAGGCUGGACAAGGUGCUUCUCUAGCCCUUCCUUCUUACCUCAGGUGCCUGAACAGAACAGGCAGACCCGUAGCACCUGUCGGGGCUCAUAAGGGUUGUGAGCUUAUAACUCACAGUUUCCUGUGCCUACUUCAUGUUUCUAACGUGCACACCCAGCAUAAGUGAGACACUAUGGCAAGGCAACUUCCAAUACACGCCCUUUCUCCACCACACAGGAGAGGUGAGCAGGGGCAGGCGGCCUUGGGCUGGGCAAGUAGAAUCAGGGCACAUACAGGCUUGGGCAUAAAGUUCAUUUAUUGAUGCAUUGACACAAUAAAACCACAACUGCUUGUUAUCAAAAAGUUUCCCUUCCCUCCCCCUUUGUUGUCCGGUUGGAAGUAUCUAAAAAUAGUAAGAUACAGGUGGGUACUGGCAAAGUCCCAUAUUGUGGGGUGAGAAGGCAGUGCUGCGGCGGGAUGGGGUCUGUAAUACUGAUUUUGACAGCUUGAAAAUGGGUCUUGAGAGCAUAUUAGACUGGGUCCCAACCCUCAACUUCACAGUGUGGGGCUUGGGGUUGCUGGCUGGGAGAAGAAGGGAAAGCUGAAUUUAGUGUUGGGACCAGCUUGGGGUAGGGAGCUGUAGGGGAAAGCGCUUCAGUAGGGAGCCUUGGGGGAUUUGGUGUUAGCUGGGUCCAUAGUCUGAGGGAGACCCAGGCACCUCCCCGCCAAAAGCUGGGAUUCAGGGGUAAUCAAUGAAAA